GCUCCAGUCUGUUUGUAAACUCCACGUCUCUACACCUCUGCUCUCCCGUUCGCCAGGCACAGCGGGUGAAGCUGCAGAGAUUCGGCUUUAAACAAAACGGCUACAUAAAAGCAACGCAGUCACACUAAACAGAACAACGUCGGACGGUCCACUCUAAGCCCAUUCAUCAGGAGAGCGAGUUGUACUGUGCUGUCGCGAGGACUGGAAGGAACAGAGAGACUCUGUAUUGUGAUCAUCUCUCCCGUCUCGGUCGCUUUCAUCUCGUCUUUCCAAGCUCCGUCGCGUUUCGUCAUGGGGAAGUCUCUCUUUUGGAGUCUGCCGAUACCACAUGCUUAACUUCAGAUGCUUGCAGGAUACAGGCACGCUCAGACAGGGGGGACUUGGACACGAGCCACACUCGGACUUGUCGGCGUGAAUUAGCAGUUUGUUCCUGACAUAGACAAUUAGACAAGAAGGUGAUGUGGUUUAUGAAUAGACUCGUUUGUGUGUCGUACAGCUGAUGGUUCCGAGUGGGCAAUUAAAGGAUUUGUCUACGGCAUUUCCUUCCACGGAGACUGGUUCUGCUUGCAUUUUUUUUUUAGUUCAUUUAUUUUGUAUUAAACCAUGGAGCUAAAGGGCAAAGCGGUUGAUGAUUCUUUGCAUGCACGCACAUUUUGAUAAAAAAGGACGCACUGCCUUUUGCCCUCUUCCUUCAAAUGUGUUUGCGUUUUUCACUUUUUUUGAUGGAGAGUGGGUUGCCAUCUCCUUUUUCAUGUUGAUUUUGCGUUAUUUUUUGCAUUUAUUGUGUGGCGGUGUUUUGAGACUGGCAUGCUUUUGAAGCCAACCGUACCGGGACUGUGCGCGAUGUUGCAGACGAUCUAUGAGACCGAAUCCUGCUUUUCUUCAGACAGCACGUCCAGCAGAGAGCGACCCGUGGAGCUGCUUCCUCAAUCCAGAAGCACCAGCAUGCCUAGCACUGCCGUGGAUGUGAAGGCUUUGUUACCGUCUGGGAUGCAGAGCCCAGUGGGAAGUGGAGGAGAUCAGGGCGGAGGUAGCGGAGGGCCGGUGGAUCUGCGUACAGACCCUCGUCUGAGCACACUGAGCACAGUGGACCCGGCGAUGAGAGAAAAACAGCUUCAGCACGAGCUGCUCUUACUCAAACAACAGCAAGAGCUCCAGAAGCAGCUGCUGUUCGCCGAGUUCCAGAAGCAGCACGAGGUUUUGACGCGCCAACAUGAAGUGCAGCUACAGGAGCAUCUUAAGCAACAGCAGGAGAUUCUUGCAGCAAAGCGUCAACAGGAGCUGGAGCAGAAGAGGAAGUUGGAACAGCAGCGUCACGAAGAGAUGGAGAAGCAGAGACUGGAACAACAACUGCUCAUGUUACGGAACAAAGAGAAGGGCAAAGAGAGUGCCAUCGCCAGUACUGAGGUCAAACUGAAGCUGCAGGAGUUCCUGUUGAGCAAAAAGGAACCUGGCCCCGGUGGACUUAACCAUUCCUUCCCCCAGAAGUGCUGGGGGGCUCACCACACGUCCCUGGAGCAGAGCUCCCCUCCACAGAGCAACACACCGGGCACACCGCCCUCCUACAAACUCCCCCCGCUGUUAGGGUCCUAUGAGGGCAAGGAUGACUUCCCUCUCCGUAAGACCGCCUCUGAGCCCAAUCUGAAGGUACGUUCACGGUUAAAACAGAAGGUGGCUGAGAGGAGAAGCAGCCCACUGCUUAGAAGGAAAGAUGGUACUGUGAUCAGCACCUUCAAGAAAAGGGCAAUUGAGAUCUCAGUGUCCUCUAUGUGCAGCAGUGCCCCUGGCUCGGGUCCCAGUUCUCCGAACAGCUCUAACUGUGCCAUUGCAGAGAAUGGCUCCAGCGGAUCCGUCCCGAACAUCCACGCUGAGCAGUUGCGUUCUCUGCAUCAGUCUUUGACUGGGGAUGGGACACCAAGUCCCCUGAGCCUCUACACCUCUCCAUCUCUGCCCAACAUCUCUCUGGGACUGCCUGCCAACGCACACAUCACGGCCCCCCAGAAACUCAGUCCCCAGCAGGAGGCAGAGCGGCAGACAAUCCAGGGUUUGCGUCAAGGUGGGGCACUGACAGGGAAGUUCAUCAGCACAUCGUCCCUACCGACGUGCCUUCCCACCGGGGCAUCCCAUGACCCUGAGCCCCCUUCCGCCUCUAAUAGCCACAGUAGCCAUUCCUCGCUGCUCCAGCACGUCCUACUCUUGGAGCAGGCUCGUCAACAGAGUGCACUUCUCGCAGUUCCCAUGUACGGACAGUCUCCGCUGGUAACGGGUGAGCGAGUGUCCAACAGCAUGCGUACAGUAAAUAAGUUGCCUAGGCACCGACCGCUGAGCCGUACUCAGUCAGCGCCCCUGCCGCAAACACCACAGGCCCUGCAGCACCUCGUAAUGCAACAGCAGCAUCAGCACUUCCUUGAGAAACAGAAACACUACCAGCUACAUAAGGUAGAGGGAGCUCUGAUGAUCCUCUCCAAAGGGGUGGAGCUUCCAAGACAGCCUCCCACUCACCCAGAGGAGACGGAGGAGGAGCUUACGGAAACCACAGAAAUGCAAGACGAGCGAGGGGAGGGGGCUGAUCAUGUAAGGGAGGGGCUACAGAAAGAGAGCUCUGGUGAGACCACACCCCCUUCGGAACGUCUGGUCCAGUUUAAGGGAGAAAGCACAGAAAGUGACUUGGAGGAAGAAGAUGAUGAUGAUGAAGCCAUUGAACUAAGGGAAUGUGAUGAAGAGGGCGCUCCCUAUGGCCAGUAUUUGGACCAGCAGCAUGUGCAGCAACUGAAUGUGUUCCAGGCCUCCCUGUCCAUCACAGGGAUGCCCCACAGACCCCUGGGAAGGGCACAGUCGUCGCCCGUCACGUCUAGUCUUAAAUCAGCACCCCUGAACGAGGUGCCCAUUAAGCAUCUCUUCACAACAGGGCUGGUGUACGACACCUUCAUGCUAAAGCACCAGUGCAUGUGUGGGAACACACACAUCCAUCCCGAACACGCCGGUCGCAUUCAGAGUGUUUGGUCUAGGCUGCAGGAAACGGGCCUGCUUGGUCGCUGUGAGAGGAUCAGGGGAAGGAAGGCCACACUGGAUGAAAUCCAAACCGUUCAUUCUGAGUACCACACGCUGCUCUACGGCACCAGUCCACUGAACCGACAGAAACUGGACAGCAAGAAACUUUUAGGCCCAAUAAGUCAGAAAAUGUACGCUGUCCUACCGUGUGGAGGCAUUGGGGUGGACAGCGACACAGUGUGGAACGAGAUGCACUCGUCAGGUGCCGUCCGGAUGGCGGUGGGCUGCGUCAUCGAGCUGGCCUUUAAAGUUGCUGCUGGGGAGCUGAAGAACGGUUUUGCGGUGGUGCGUCCUCCUGGUCAUCAUGCUGAAGAAUCCACUGCCAUGGGUUUUUGUUUCUUCAACUCGGUGGCCAUCACUGCCAAACUCCUGCAGCAGAAACUCGGGGUGGGCAAGAUCCUAAUCAUAGACUGGGAUAUUCACCAUGGAAACGGGACCCAGCAGGCUUUUUAUAAUGACCCCAAUGUACUGUACAUUUCCUUGCACCGUUAUGACGAUGGCAACUUUUUCCCAGGCAGUGGCGCUCCUAUGGAGGUAGGUGUGGGUCCAGGAGAGGGCUUUAACGUCAACAUUGCCUGGACUGGCGGAGUGGAGCCACCUAUGGGUGAUGUGGAGUAUCUGACUGCCUUCAGAACGGUGGUGAUGCCCAUAGCCAACGAGUUCUCCCCGGAUGUGGUGCUAGUGUCAGCCGGCUUUGAUGCAGUGGAGGGCCACCAGUCCCCCCUCGGUGGAUACAACGUCACCGCCAAAUGUUUCGGCCAUCUCACUAAGCAGUUGAUGAAGUUGGCUGGUGGCCGUGUGGUUUUGGCACUGGAAGGAGGUCACGACCUUACCGCCAUAUGUGACGCAUCUGAAUCCUGCGUGGCUGCAUUGCUUGGAGACGAGUUGGAUCCUCUGCCACUAAUGGUACUUCAACAGAAACCGUGUCCAAAAGCAACAGCCUCUCUAGAGAGAGUCAUUGAGAUUCAGAGUAAACACUGGACAUCUCUGCAGAGGUUGGCUCCUACAGUGGGUCAGUCCCUCCUGGACGCUCAGAGACGAGAGAAGGACGAGGCAGACACUUUGACCGCCAUGGCCUCUCUCACAGUGGACAACGAUCAGCAAACGACUUCCACAGAAACCAGCAGAUCUGCAGAGGAGCCAAUGGAGGAGGAGCCCGUGUUGUAGAAGAGCGAGUAAAGUACAUCACUGCUCCAACCUUCUCGUCCACGUGUGCUUGGCACUGGUCACCCUGACGUCACGCCUCAUGUUCCUCCUCCCAGCUCUUUGAUUGGUUCCCUCGGUCCUUCACUCAUUUCCAGGUGCUUGACUGACAUGUUCACAGCCCACCCACUUUCGCUUUUCCGAGGUAAAGCAUAGCAAACUGUUGCCGAAAGGGGAUGGCAAAGGCAUGAUGGGUAAUUGCAGGACCACUCAGUGAGGGUUGCUCAGCUGGAUAGGCCGAACAAUGGAGUACUCUUCAGAGAAAAUCCUUUGAUAUUUCAAUUUAUCAUUGUAUUGAACUGGGGACAUAAAGAAGAAAAUGCGACAAAACAAAAAGUAGAGGAGGAGGAAGGGAAAAACGACACGACAGCAUGUGGAUGUUGUUGCUCGGAGGGCCGCGAAAUAAGCUUUGUUUUCUGUACAAAGUAUAAGAAAUGUACAAAGUUCCAAAAAAAAAAGCCAACAAGCAGCAAAAAUACUUCAGCACAAAACACGCAUAUACACUCAUUCACAAACGAACAUGGUUCCCAAAAGAGGAACCAGAUGUUCAGGUCGUGACAAAACACCUUUUGCAGACAAGUAUACUCGUUUACACUGUACCGUGUCGAUUAUUUGGUAUACUUUUGCAUCUGUAUGAUAACCUGUUGUGAAAAGCACACAAACAUAUGAGAAAUAUAAAUAUAUAUAUAUAUACAUACAUACAUGCAUACAUACAUACAUACAUACAUAUAAGCAUAUGUGUUUUGUGUGUACCGUAUACACAAUUGAACACUGAAAAAUAUAUAAAUACUUUAUAUCUCCUUUAUGAAACAUUUUCUUAUCAGCUGUGGUUGUACAUAGAGUAAAAGCGCCUGCAGACUUUUAUCUGGAAGUGGAAGAGCGAUGGUUAGCCUUUUUUUCCCAGAAGCAUUUCUUUCCUUUUUUUUUUCAGAGAAAACAGUACUUUUUUUGGAAUAUACAGCUUUGCUAUAACAUGCUCGCACAUAAACUUAAAUAACGGCAACCCAUCCGUUUUACGACAAAGGUGUAAAAUACGGAGAAAGGAUUUUCAAAGCGUCCAUCUCGACCUUCGUGGAGAACGAGGAAAGACGCGUUGUGGUAAUGUCUGAAGAAAGACUUCCUCUUUUUUUUUUUCAAAGAACUUGGUGCCUUUUAUACUAAGGAAAACAUUACCAAUACUUAACAAAAAUCGCAAAUCCUCAGAGUUAACGUUCAUUGAUUUGUGUUGAUUUUCAAAUUGCCUUAAUUUUUCAAAGAAAAGUAAUUUCAGCCAUGAACCACAGAGCAGCACAAAAAGAUUAUCAUCUUCCUCUCUGCCCCGGUUUCUUUUCUUUCUUUCUCAUUGUUUUCCUUUUUUUUUUUUUUUUAAGAUGUAAAUGUUGUGUUCUUGGAAAAAGGGUUUGAUACUCCUCCUUUUUUAUUUCACUGUUAACGAAAGAACGAAAUUCAACGAUUGUUUUAUUUAUCAGUCCUGUGCGAUAGACUAGCACAUGACGUGAUUCGUUUGGAAACACUGACAAUGUCGUGACCAACUUCCUGUUUGUUUUCUUUAUAUUAACGCCACCUUCCUUUAUACAUGUAUUUGUUUGGCUCCCUUACACUUUAUUUCCAUUGGCGAGAGAGUGUUAGCGGUGACUUUUUUUAUUAAAACAUUUCCUUUUUUUGUACAAAAAUGUAAACGAAAACAAGAAAAGAGUCAGUGUUAAUUUCAUCGUUUGAUUUGAAGUAUUCUCUGAUAAGGAAUGUACAGCGUGGUACAGAUAUUAUUGAUGAUGUUGAUUUAUGUCACUGUGCAGUGCAUUUGGCAUUGUCCUUUUUCAGGAUUUAAGGAUAUUUUUUUUCCGGCAAUAAGAGUGACUAGGCUACCACUUUUUUUUGUUUAAUACUGAAAUACUAAAACCUUUUGGUCAUCUUUUGAUAUAGCUUUUGUGCUAUGGAUAUGGUUAUUUUUCACCAGACUAAUUAGUAUUGUUCAUAACAGUUUGUUGUAUGCUGAUUAAUCACUUGUGCACUUGUGGAUGAAAUGCAAUGGCUUGUUUAUGACCCUGAAAUAAUCAUCCUUUAUUACAUUUUCACUGUGUGACAACAGUUUUGGGGGGCCAAAUUCGAUUUAAUCUACUGCGUCUUUAUUCAGCAAUGUCACAGAAGCAACAUUACUCGGUCUGAGAGGUGACAACGUGUCUAAUGGCAAGUACUUUCAGUGAGACUGAACUGGGUCUCAAACAUUGUGCACUAAUUCUACACUGUAGGUCCGAACCUAAUUGUGUUUUUAUUUUGUUUUUCGGUUCUCAGACGCAAAUUAUGAGGCAUUAAAAGCAAAGUGACUUAUCUCAGCAAAUGCGUUUAAAUGACACGUAAACUCUCUCGUCAGCGUUUUUUCUUUGUGUAUGUUCAUUGGUUCACCGAUGAACUGUUGAUUUCAGUUGAAGCGACGCGUUUCUUGACUCUGCUCUCAUUUGAUUUAUUUAUUUGGAGUCAGAAAUGGCUGCUGAAAGCAAGUUGCGUUGCUUCUGGAUCAAUGCUUGUCUCGUUGUAAAUCUACGAAAAGUUAAGUACCUGCAUUUUGUCUCUUCUCUUUGACAGCCUCGUAGCCUGCAAGGCAAUAACAAUACAAAGUGAUCAAAAAAAAAAAAGAAAAAAGGCCAGUUUUUUCACAACAACAGUCCUCUAAGAAGAGCCAUGUCACCAUUGGAUAAAGUAUUUAGACGUCCGAACUGUAUGUUUGAAACACUAAAGUCGACUGUUUGUUUCGCGGUUAAAGAGAAACAGGAAACAAACACUUUGUGAAAAUCAGGCUGACGCUAGCCUCUGUACUUAGAUACUGUAAUAUACACUAAGAGAAUUUCCCUCUUCUAUGUGGCUGUCUAAAUCAGGAACUACUGUGAUGAUCAGGUUUUGUAACGUUUGGAUGUAGAUCACCAACCAUUUGUGCAUAGUUUUGUAUCUUCACCCUAUAUGGUGUCAAAGAGUUUAUUGACCGUGCAGUUGGUGGCGAAAGCUUUUUCUCUCGUUUUAGUUUUAAGGAUGAAUUCAGCUGGCAUGUUGGUCCCUUUUUGAGACCUGAACCUUCCCCUCGGGUGUGUUGGGUUAAGCAAUACAUAGAGAGGGAAAAUAAUCGAUCAGACGUAAUACAGCUUUCUUGAACAAGGCAUUGAGGGGAGGCUGUUGGUUUUACGCAAUGAUCUUUACACAAAGAAAACAACGUGAAUGGCCUUACGACGGACACCGGGAAACCUCUGUAUGUGUAAAAGACAUCGACAUUCGCCAUGGAAGAUAGCUUUACUGUCUCUGCCACAUAUUUUGCUAUUGGGUAAAUAUGUAUAUUUAUUGAUAAUUCAUAUGUUGUGUAUAUGUUGUGACCUAUGAUCGUCGAGGUUCAAAGAGUGCUUGUAUAUUUUUUGACUUUUUUGAAAGAGAGGUUGUGACUCCUUCACUGUCCCUUCGUUUCUUUGCUGUUCUACAUCACUUGUUGUGAUUGGUCGUUUCAAUUUGUGAGACCUUUUAACCUUACAUUUUUAAGAUCCUUUCUCUCUGUCUCUCUCUCUAAUCUCCUCUCUUUUUUGUCUAUCUUCUGGUCAUAUUGAUAUGCAGAAGUUAUCUGAAAUUAUCAAAGCACAUUCCCUGAUUUAUUGUGUUCUUUCAAUGCUUUCAUGUUGCGACAAUACAAAGGUGUGUAUACUAACUGCUACACACGUGUAUAUAGGGUGCAUAUAUGUGUACACAUGUGCAAUACACGCUAUUUGAGCAAUCUAUUACUGUGACUAUUAAUCAUUAAAAAUUGCUGUCCCUUUGAA